ACGAGUUGUACCUCCCGCCCAUGAGGAAGAUUGACAGCCUCCUCAACGAACAAAAGAGGAGACUGUUAAGGAGAAUCAACAUGAGUGGCCAACACCAGGUACGUCUGUCUGUUUAGUUGUAGAAAUGCUGAUACCUGAUGUGAUACCUAAUUAUGAAAAGUACCUGUUGUGUUUGGAGUUUUACCAUAUCUCCAUUCAACUUUCUCACUAUCAUAUUGACAAGUGAAAGCUUUAAAACAGUUGAAAUUACUACUUCUCCCUCUCCCUCCCUCCAUCUUUAUAUUUUUCUUCUUUAGGAGACUCUGCAUAUGUUCCCCAAAAUGACGGCGGACCCCCUGGACUCUGGAGUGGUCAAAGUGCACCUCGGCGGUGAGUGCUACAACCGUAAAACCCUCAACUGCAUCAAGAAGAGCACCACGCCCAAACAGCAGGUGAGUGAACCACAUCCGGUCACACCAAUGUAUCCAAUCUGCUGCACUGUGGCUAACCCUGGCCUCGAAAAUGGUGUCUGUGUGUUGUGGAAGCCGAGUAGAAGAGACAAUUCUGUCUCACAAGAACUGGAGUAAUAUAGUCUGGACCUGUUAGUCACUUUGCUUUGUACAUUAACUUGUAUCUCAGUGGUUUUAACUCGGUCUGGAUGGUGCAAACAAAGCCAAACCAUGACGCCGUCCUUCUUUACACUUGCGUUGUCUCGUUCUUUCUAGUCUCGCGUAGCCAUACCUCCAAAAACGUUGUUGUCACGUCCUUUGGAGGUCUGGAGAAUUUUGUAUAAGCCGAAACGGUUUGAAUGGUCUACAUCUUUAGGGAUUUUACAUUUCAAGAACUCUCCCCCCACAUGCCCGUUGAAGGAGUGCUGCAUGUUAAGCCUCGCCCAAGCAAAGCAUUUGAUUGAUUUGAUGUGUUUGAUUGUGUUUGAUUGGUGCUGCGUGUUAAGCUCCGCCCAAGCAAUGCAUUUGAUCGGUUUGACGUGUUGCAAGGCGUCACUGAUUGACUCCGGGUCUCCACCCCUUUUUAGCCACUUUCGGCCAUAGACUUAACCAGGCUUCCUGGUUCUCGACGAGGCUGUUUCUUCUUUUAGCGUUGUACAAGUGUACUUGUAUUUUUAGUGGUCCUCUGAAAGUAUGUGAAGUGUGAAAACAUAGUAGACUAGGCCUUUUACCUAUUCUACCUCAGUCCAAGAGAACCGGGGAGAUUCCCUAAUAAAUGUUUUCCUCUCUCCUUUCCCUCCAUCCCGUUUUCCCCUCUCUCUGUGACUCUCAGGACCUCAAGCUGUCCACAGAGACGUGUCGUGUCUAUAGCCUGUAUCAUUCCCUCCAUCACUACAAGUAUCACACCUUCCUGAACUGCAAGAAGGAGGUAAGACUCAGCAGCACAAUCGCUUUUCACAACACUGACCUUCCAACACCCCUCUCUUUUCUCUACGGCAUUGUUGUUCUUCUCUACUUUCUUCCUGUUUCUCUCUCUCUCUCCCCUCUCUCUCUCUGUUUCCAUUGUGGUACGAAUAAUUCAAAUGGAGCACUGGGUAUUCACUUUUGUUGUGAAAGGUUGGCUGUCAUAUGUGGGUGGCUGUGUUGUGCUUGUAUAAACAUAAUCACUUUAUUAUCCAUCCUAGAGUGGAUAUUUGAUUUGAAUAGCAUCAAUUCAUGUUAGAUGUAUAUGCAACAUGUCUAUACUCUGGCCUUGAAGACUGAAUAAAGCGGUAAAUAGAUGUAGAGAAAUAUAAUUGAGAAUAAAGGUUUUGAAGUAUGGUAAAAUACACUACAUGACCAAAAGUAUGUGGACACCUGCUCAUCUAACAUCUCAUUCCAAAAUCAUGGGCAUUAAUAUGGAGUUGGUCCCCCUUUUGCUGCUUUAACAGCCUCCACUCUUCUGGGAAGGCUUUCCACUAGAUGUUGGAACAUUGCUGCGGGGACUUGCUUCCAUUCAGCCACAAGAGCAUUAGUGAGGUCGGGCACUGAUGUUGGGCGAUUAGGCCUGGCUCGCAGUCAGCCUUCCAAUUAAUCUCAAAGGUGUUCGAUGGGGUUGAGGUCAGGGCUCUGUGCAGGCCAGUCAAGUUCUUCCAAACCGAUUUCAAUAAACCAUUUCUGUAUGGAUCUCGCUUUGUGCACGGUAGCAUUGUCAUGCUGAAACAGGAAAGGGGCUUCCCCAAACUGUUGCCACAAUGUUGGAAGCACAGAAUCGUCUAGAAUGUCAUUGUAUGCUGAGCGUUAAGAUUUCCCUUCACUGGAACCAAGGGGCCUAGCCCGAACAAUGAAAAACAGCCCCAGACCAUUAUUCCUCCUCCACCAAACAUUACAGUUGGUACUAUGCAUUGGGGCAGGUAGCGUUCUACUGGAAUCCGCCAAACCCAGAUUUGUCCGUCGAACUGCCAUAUGGUGAAGCGUGAUUCAUCACUCCAGAAAAUGCAUUUCCACUGCUCCAGAGGCCAAUGGCGGCAAGCUUUACAACACUCCAGCCGGCACUUGGCAUUGUGCAUGGUGAUCUUAGGCUUUUGUGCGGCUGCUCGAACAGUUCUUGUGCUGACUUUGCUUCCAGAGGCAGUUUGGAACUCGGUAGUGAGCGUUGCAACCGAGGACAGACCAUUUUUUACGCGCUACGUGCUUCAGCACUCGCCGGUCCCGUUCUGUGAGCUUAUGUGGCCUACCACUUCGCGGCUGAGCCGUUGUUGCUCCUAGACGUUUCCACUUCACAAUAACAGCACUUAGAGUUGUUAGGCCAGCUCUAGCAGGGCAGAAAUUUGACAAACUGACUUGUUGGAAGGGUGGCAUCCUAUGAUGGUGCCACGUUGAAAGUCACUGAGUUCUUCAGUAAGGCCAUUCUACUGCUAAUGUUUGUCUAUGGAGAUUGCAUUGCUGUGUGCUGGAUUUUAUACACCGAAUCCACUAAUUUGAAGAGCCGCAUACUUUUGUAUAUAUACUGUAAAUAAUAAUAAUAAUAAUUAUCUUUCUUGGAUAAUAAUAAUAUAUUCUAUUCUCUUUCUCUAUCCCCCCCAGACGGACAGUAUAGAGCAGGCAGCGGAGGACCCUGGUCAGGAGGAGGUGGUGCAGCAGUGUAUGGCCAACCAGGACUGGCUGGAGACCCUCUUCAACUCCUUCAUCGACCUGCUGACCCUCAGCACCAAAACC